UGAAGACAGGGGAGCCAGAGCUCCACACAUAACACACACACACGCUCAAGUGAACGCCUCUCCUAUGGCUGCUGCGGCCACGCCUCCUGGAACAACAGCACUCUGUUUUCCAACGCCGUAAAAUGAUACAAUAACGACUGAAAAGUGAUGUGCAACGACUUUAAAGGACCCCAGCUGAUCUGCAACUUCACACGUCUGUCCGCUGCGACGUCCACAAUCCGAAGCGCUGGGACUCGAGAAAUCUGCAGGAAUCAAACGCGCUUCCUUCAAGCAGUUGUGUAUUGAUACACUCACGCGAAUCGUCUAACUUUAUAUAUGGAUUAUUCGAGCCCUCAGACCCUUUGAAUGGAUAUUUUUUUAUCUUUAAACAGUGAUCUGACAUUGGAAUAAAAGCUAAAAUCCUCGCAGAAUCUUAAAAGCCAUUAUUAUUGUACUUAAGCUCUCCGGGACACACGAUCCUUGCGCACUUCUGACUAAAGCGUGAGUGAUCCAUGUACCAUUAACGCGCCAGGAGAUGUUUCCAGCUGCUUUCACACAAUACUGACCCGUGCAUGUAUUUAUUUAGGCAUUUAGUGAUAUAAAGGCACUGAGUUGUUGCAUAAAGCAACUAAAGUCUUUGUCCCGGAGAGAUGGAGGGACAGGAUGGCAAAGGGAAUAAUGACAGUAAUCAAAAGGCAGACAAGAGGUUUGCUCUUUGGUACAUGGGCUGGUCAUCUCUGGACAGGCGGUCCACGCUGCCCAUGCUGCCCUGGCUGGUGGCGGAGAUCCGGAGGAAAAGUGAGAAGAACGAGUCCGGUCCCGCACAGGCCAGAGAAGUUCAGCUGUAUCUCUCGCCCCCUCUGAUCCGCUGCGUGCCCGCGAACAGCAGCAACCCGUCCGUGUUUAUAUUCGAGCACAAAGCACAGUUUAUAUCCAGGUUUAUUCACAAUAGCCAUGACCUGUCUUAUUUUGCCUACCUUAUCAGAAGUCAACCCGAUAACCCAGAGUCUGAGAUGGCAUGCCAUGUGUUCAAAGCAUGUGAUCCAAACCAGGUGCCUGAGGUUAUUAGCAGCAUUAGACAGGUGUCCAAGGCUGCUCUUAAGGAGGAAAGCAAGCCCAGGCAAGACAGUGAUGAGUCUUUUUACAACUCCCAAAAAUUUGAAGUGCUUUACUGUGGAAAAGUGACAGUCAACCACAAGAAAGCCCCUUCCACUCUGGUCGACGACUGCAUUGACAAAUUCCGCCAGCACGAGAUUGAGCGUAAGCGUCUGCGGCUCCUCAAUGGCCAGCGCAGCUCCACCGAGGCCCCUGUGGAGUUCAUUAUGGGUGACGACCCUCUAAGCUCCUCCCUCUGCAAAGUCGACGAACUCGAGACCAACUUGAUUGAGGAAGAGCUGUCUGAGAAGGGCAAUGGGAAACUGGACCUGACUAGCUCCUCCAAUACCGGCAGCCUACUAGGGGUCUUUCCUGAAUGUAUCUUGGAGGACUCAGAUUUUGGGGAGCAACAGGAGAUUCGUACACGCUGUAAUAGCUUGGCGGGCGGCCUGCAGAAAAGGCCCAGAGAGGCGGGCAAGGGGUCGACUCGUAGGAGACACGCUAGCGAACCCAAUAACGUGCAGCCUUCUGAUGCUGACAAGAAUCGCACAAUGCUGUUCCAGGUUGGACGGUUUGAAGUGAAUCUCAUCAGCCCUGACACCAAAUCUGUGGUUCUGGAGAAGAAUUUUAAGGAGAUCUCGUCCUGUUCACAGGGUGUUAAACAGACAGAUCACUUUGGCUUUAUUUGUCGGGAUGUGGUGGAGUCUGGCCCAGCCCAGUAUGUGUGUUACGUGUUCCAGUGCGCUAGUGAGUCUCUGGUGGAUGAAGUAAUGCUCACCCUGAAACAAGCUUUUACCACAGCAGCAGCUCUGCAGAGCUCCAAGAACCAAAUCGAACUGUGCGAAGCUUGUCCAAUGCAUGACUUGCACAAGCUCUGUGAGAGAAUAGAAGGCUUGUAUCCUCCCAGGGCAAAACUAGCCAUUCAGAAGUACCUGUCCGAACUGAGCGACAACGAGCAGGUCAACAUAUUUGAGCGGGUGCAGAAAAUGAAGCCAGCAUCCGAUCAUGAAGAAAACGAGCUUGUGAUUCUUCACCUCCGACAGCUGUGCGAGACUAAGCAGAAGUCUCAUGUUCAUAUUAGAGAGGUCCCACAGAAUGCUUCUGGCAGCACCAUGACUUCUGAUAACUCCAGCGCAGGCCGCAAUAAACUGGACGCAUUGAAGAACAAAGCCCGGAGUUCUCUGACAAGCUCCCUGGAGAACAUCAUCUCACGAGGAGCCAACCGUAUGCGAAUGCGUCUCGGCAGCAUGGGAAGUUUUGACCGCCAGGCUGACUCCCCUGGUGAUUCCCCACCUGGGACUCCACCCAGUUACCUUGAGGAGGACCCAGAUGCCCCGCAGUUCCGUCGCCGGGCGCACACCUUCAGCCACCCGCCCAUCAAAAAAAAGAUCUCCUUCACUGAGGUUUCCUCCCAGGCCUGUAAGGCUCCGCUGCGGCGACAGCAGUCUUUGGCCCCAGAGCUGCUGCAGAGCAGUGGUAAUGGAGACGGCAGGAAGAGGUCUCUGUCAGGCUGUAGCACCGAUUCUUUGACCUUGGUGCCUCCACGCAGAGUUUCUUGGCGCCAGAAGAUUUUCCUAAGGGUGGCGUCACCCAUGAACAAACCCUCUGCAUCUAUGCAAAACGUGGACCACAUGGAUGGCCGGGAGCUGCUGCCACUUUCUCCUCGGGCUUUGAACCAGGAUCAAAACCCUCAGGUCAGCCCCUUGACCCCAGAGCAGGGCUUUGGUGGAGAGAAGGGCCGGCGCAGCCCAGCUGAUUACAGGGCCCUGUGGAAGAAAGCCAUCCACCAACAGAUUUUGCUCAUCCGCAUGGAGAAAGAGAAUCAGCGCCUGGAGGAAGCCAGCCGUGAUGAAUUGCACAUUCGGAAAAUGAAGCUGGACUACCAGGAAGUGUGUCAGUGCUCAAAAGAGGUGCAGGCCCUGUGGGACAGGAAGUUGAGCAGUCCCUGCCGCACUAAAGUACAAUGGGACAAAGAAGAGAUCCACUGUGCUGUCUGUCAAGGUGUCCCCAAAAGUCGGCGAGGUGAAGUGUGGCUCCUGCUCUCCCAGCAGUAUCGUUUGCGUCACCGUCUGCCGCAGAGGCAGCAGCCCCCUGAAACACCUUAUCAGGAUCUCCUCAAACAGCUCACAGCACAGCAACACGCCAUCCUGGUCGACCUUGGCCGGACAUUCCCAACACACCAGUAUUUCAGCACUCAGCUGGGAGCUGGACAGCUGUCUCUGUACAAUCUUCUAAAGGCCUACUCCCUGCUGGACACGGAGGUGGGCUACUGCCAGGGAAUCAGUUUUGUGGCCGGUUUGCUGCUGUUGCAUAUGAGCGAGGAACAGGCUUUCGACACUCUCAAGUUCCUCAUGUACGACCUAGGCAUUCGCCGGCAGUACCGUCCCGACAUGAUCUCUCUGCAGAUCCAGAUGUACCAGCUGUCGCGACUGUUGCACGACUAUCACCGUAACCUGUACACUCACCUGGAGGAGCACGAGAUCUGUCCCAGCCUGUACGCCGCGCCCUGGUUUCUCACUCUCUUCGCCUCUCAGUUCCAGCUUGGCUUUGUUGCCCGUAUAUUUGACCUCCUGUUUGUCCAAGGCACGGAGGUGAUUUUUAAGGUGGCCCUGUGUUUGCUAAGCAGCCACGAGGGAGAGAUACUGGAGUGUGACGGCUUUGAAAGUAUUGUAGACUACCUUAAAUCCACCAUCCCCACCCUCACUCACAGCCAGAUGGAAGAGACAAUCACCAAGGCAACUGAGAUGGAUAUCUCCAAGCAGCUGCAUGCGUAUGAAGUGGAGUACCACGUCCUGCAGGAUGAGCUGUCAGACGCUCCUCCACCAUCAGAGGACUCUGAUAGGCUUGAUAAACUGGAGAAAGCCAAUGCCCAGCUCAAGAAACAGAACAUGGACUUACUAGAGAAACUGCAGGCGGCUCGUUUGAAGAUUCAGACAUUGGAGGGUAGCAUGGAGAGCUUCCUGUCACGCGAGAGCAAGAUGAAGCACCUGAUCCGUUCUCUGGAACAGGAGAAAGCUUCCAACCAAAAGACCAUUGAGCGCAUGCGUAGCAGUUUACCUUCGGAUGCCAUGGCUGAAGUGGAGAUGACCCAACUCAAGUCCAGCACCAACGGGAAAGCCAAAGAAACUGCCUGCAAAAAGCCUUGAAUCACCAUCCUACUGAUUGAUGCUUCAUUAUAGGUACAUCAGUAGAGAGUUAGUGUGUUUCUCCUCUUUUGUGUUCCCAUCAUGCUUCACCUUUGAUGGCAUAAUUGAGAGAUGGGAACGUUUGAAGCCUUGCAGCCUCACAGACAAAACUUGAAACAAUACAAAAGUGUCUUUCCAAAGAGUACGAGGCGUGUUGCAUUAAUGUCCACGUGACUUUAUGCUCACUGUGAAGGUUUUUUUUGACCUGGCACUCCAAACCAGGUGUUUGGAGGAAACCAAAUAUUUACCAUGUCAACCUUUUGCUUAAAGUGCUUCACCUAAAGUGCAGGCAGGAAGUGAAACCAUCUGCUGCUGGAUGAUUUCCUCUGCAACUUGCAAACACUCCUGCUGUCCAGACUUCCCAGUUUGAGCUUAUGGACUUCAAGCGAAUCACUGUCUGAAGACAUGAAGAGUAACUUGUCUUCAAAACAUCAUCUUCGAUAUUGCACAGUAUUCUGUGUGCAUUGAAGAAGUGUGCCUGAAAAACGUUGUGUUGCAUACUAUGCCGUAAAAAUGUGUGUGCGCAAUCUUUCAAAUGCAGUGUAUAAUGGUCGCCUGGGCAUGAAAAAACAAAUCCCACAAUCCUUUGGGGAUUUUACCAUUGUUUGGGUUUCUUUUCAAAUGAUCACUUGUUUUUUGUGUCGCACCAACUGUACUUGACACCUGCACACAUAUUUUUGUAGUGUAUGAGUGCAGGGGUCUUAGCUUGUUCGAAAUAUUCCUCUGUGCCGUGGAGAGCGGCUCACAAAUAUGAUAUGAUGAGAAUCUGUCAGAAUUUAUAUAGAUAUCAAAUGCUUUAUCAAAUGCUAAAGCAUUAUAUUUCAUCCAUUUUUGUCAGAAAUUUGUAUUACAGGUUUUAUUUGACAUUAGUUAAUUUUGGCCUAGGCAUAUGAGCCUAAUGCAACAAAACCGAGAGAUGAGACAUUGGUUUAAAGUACCUGUUCAGCUUGAUGGUGGCCAAAUAUGAUUGUACAUAUGUCAUAAGAGAAAUGACACUGUAUUGGUCACCCAUCUAACCACAUGAAUGUAAAUUUAAAGCAGGAAUAUCUACUUGAACACUCAUUUUUGUUUGUCUGUUUUCAAAUUGUCUGUCUUGACUAAACCAAUCAGAACUUGCCUCGUUCUGACAGUUUAAUAAAUGAAUAACAAUUGUAGUAAGAUGAUAAAACUCUAAUGGAAGUGUUGGUAAAUGUAAUCAAGAGUAAUCUUCUGCUGUUCUAUGUUUGUGUGAACAUAAUAUGGCAAAAAGUGACAUUAAGAAGUGUUAGUGCUGGGCUGGUGGGGGUUACCAGUGGCGUGAAUAAUUUGUCUGAUAAAUUUUCUUGUUUUUUGGAUCAUUUUCUUUAUCUUUUUUUCAGAAAUACAUUUCUGUGACAUUGCAAAUCGAAAGACAAAAAGACAUAGAGCAAAUGGUCUGAUGGUGCGUUUGAUACAUCAGUCAUUCUUUAUCAUACUUUGUUCAGUGUGCCAAAACUUGUUGAUCAUUACGUCACAUUUUCAUUGUCACGUGCCGCUGUUACUUCUCAAUAACUCCAAGUUAUUGGAGUUGGACUACAUUUAUUUUAGAUGCACUUUUGUUUGAAAGUCACCAUUGAAAGUGUGUGUGUGCAGUGUGCUGACAAUGUCUUGAUUUUUUUCUUUUGAUUUGUCAGUCCUCCAUAAUCUAUUAAAAUCAACUUUUUGUACCUCAAUUUCUGUUUAUUAUUAAUAGUUGUUAUUCUUGCCAAGGUUAGCAUUCUGUAAAUGAAGGA